AUGCCCCACAUCCUAAACCUCACAAUCCCCCCAGACCAAACACCACCUCUAUUCCACCAACACCUCAACCCUCUCUGGCCCAGCGCCCUCACCCUUCCACCUCCUCCCUCUCCCACCUCUCCCACCCCAAACCCUACAAUGCCUCACAUCCCCACAACAGUCGACUCCCUCCUCGAAUCAAACUCCUACUACACCUCCAACUCCGACAGCGCACCCGCGCCCGUCACCAACACCGUCAAAGCGCGCGAUGCCGCGGGCGGCACGAGCGUCACGACCACCACUACGACGUCGAGCACCUUCACGGCUACGGCCGUGAGAUGGGAGCCGUUGUCGGGACAGGCGUAUUAUGUCGUGAAUGAAGAGAGCGGGAGCGUGCUCAGCUUGUCGGCGCUGGACGCACGGUCGAUCGUAGGCGCUGGGAUACGCGGGUUCGACGAGCAGUGGCGCGUCGAGCAGCAGAAAAACUCGGGCGGCGCAUGGAGACUGCGCUGCAUCGGCUCCGGCAAGUUCCUCGACUUCGAAGGCUCAGCCGAAUGCGGCGCCAAACUCGUCGGCUCCAAAGUGCCCCGCAACUGGAAGUUCGACCGGAUAGACGAGGAUAACGGCGUGUUCCACAUAUACAUGCCGAAAACGAAUCUGAAUGUUGAGCUUGAGAAGGGGUCGGCGCAGCCGGGUGCACCGGUGCUGUUGCAGGACCGCUCGUGUGGGGCUAGUCAGAAGUGGAGGUUUGAGCCUGUUAGGUUGAGCGUUGAGAGGGUCGGCGAGGAGGUUGUGGCCACGAGUACGAUUACGACUGUUACGAAGGUUAAGAUUGUGACGCGGGUGAGGAAGACGAGUUGA